UGGGCGGUGAUAUAGCUGAGUUCAACCCUCAAUAAAUGGAUCCCGCACACACACUCAGUCGGUGUAGCAGAUCCCGAUCGUGUGCUUGUUCCUGCUUGACUACAUGUUAGAGAUGGAAGUUGGAGACAAUGUGCAGAAGAAGCCUCUCUGCCUCAUCGCAGCUGUGUGCAACAACAGAGGCAUCGGGAAGGACGGGAAAAUGCCCUGGGAUUUACCGUCUGAAUUCCAGUACUUCCUGAACCACAUCACAAGGGUGUCAAGACCAGGAAAUAUGAACAUGAUGGUCUGGGGCAAACGGUGCUGGUUCUGCCACCCACAAUCUACUCUCCCACUAGCCAAUGCUCUGCAUGCGGUGCUGAGUACAACACUGGACACGCCUCCAGAUCAUGCCCACUUUGUGUGUAAAGACUUAGAGAGUGCGGUCCAACUAGCUGCACAGCCCCCUCUCGCCGGCCUGAUUGAGACCAUCUGGAUUAUUGGUGGGGCGCAGGUCUACGAGGCUGCACUGAAGCACCCGUGGUGUGAGCUGGUUUACCUGACAGAGGUCAUGGCAGACUUUGACUGUGACGUUUUCUUCCCUGAGUUUGACAAAGAACUCUUUAAAGAUCAAGAAGGAUUUCCAAAUGUACCGAGUGGAAUUCAAGAGGAGAACGGCGUCAAGUACAAAUUCCAUGUAUACAAAAGAGACACCAGUGAUGCGGUGUAGACAGCUAUAGAGAAAAUCAAUAGAUUGUCAGAGAACACUGUAAAUCUCUCAUUCCUUUAAAACCCUAUCAAGAUUUAUUGCAGAGUCAACUCCUGGAUAGACUAUAGAGACAUGCUGCCAAAACCCAAACCCACAGUGUGUCAUUAUAGUUUUUAAAAUUUAAACAAAGCCAAAGUCUAUCUAACACUCUUUGUAAUACACUUAUUGAACAUUCCAAUGUUAACAUGACUUUUAUACUGUUUGUUAUCCAUGAAAAACUGAAACACAGACACUUCAACAACAGCCUAGUUUGUCCACCCAAGUCUUUAUGUGUAUCUACCCUUCCUCCAUCGCUGCUGCCUGGACGGAUAUUAUGAUUCGUUCUAGUAUUAAAAAAAUCCCCAGCCACCCUCUGCUGUCACCUUGUUACUUGUCAGCGUUCCCAUCUCAUCCUCCUCCUCAGUAAUAUUGCAGCUGCACAGAGAAUAUGCUUGUCAGUGAGUCAGUCAGCAGCCUACGUCAAUGACAGCCCGUGUUCUGGGUAGCACAGCAGAUCUGGGUCUCUCUAAGCCAACAUGACAGAUGCCAGUUCAGAAAGCGACGAGUGACUUGUCCCGCUGGUCCGCUUCGAUUCUAUAAUGACUGUCUGGUUAUUUGGAAAGAUAUGGAGAAAUUCACAGCUUGUGAUUUGUUGUGCUGGAAAGACAUUUUUAUCGAGGAAGGUUUUCACUGUGCAGUCUUCUGUGAAUCUAGAAGGGUUUUCAUGAAAUGAAUCAAUGUGAAAUCAUUAAUGGAGAAACAACUGGCAUUUUGUGGCUUCGUAUUUAAUUUUGAAUAAGAAUGAGCCUCAUUCAUCUGGUUGUGUGCGAUCCUUUUUGCCACUAGAUGGAGGCACAGCAUUGAGACAGCAGUCAGAAAGCCCACCUUUAUGCUGCUUGUAACUGAUUAACAACAUAUCCCAGAUUCUACCAAGAGUUUUGAUUACACACAAUGCUUCAGCAAUCCCAGACAGCUUACAGUUUAGUGGGUACUGUAGUGACAUCAUAGUAAUGUUAUGAUAAUAAUGGUCACAGCAACUUAACUACAAAAUAAAUCAAAGUUUUUUACAAUAGUAACAGUAAACAAGGGCAGAGAUAUGUAAGAAGAAACACGCACAUUAAGGUCAGGGAUUUUGAAUUCUCAAUAAUAAAUUGUACUUUUAAACAUAAUUAUUUGUCAAAGCACUUGGUGAUGUGUUGGUUUUAAAUGUGCUCUACAGACUAAAGAUCAGAACAACAAAACUAACAACAACCAAUAACCUAUGACACAUUUAGGGAGUGAUUUAAGACCAGUCCGUGGGAUUAAGUGGGAUCAAGCUGUGCAGUUGCAGAUUGCAACCAAUUGAAUACCCCUCACUUUCCAAGAGUGCAGAGAAGUGUUUGGUCUGUCCUUUCAGACCUACUGCAAAAAUGUGGUGGUGGAAUAUGGUGGGCCAGUGGCCACUGUUAACAGGACUCCUUGAACUGCAAACAAGGUCCAAUAUGACUCCUUCUUUUUUAAGGAUUCUCAAUCCACGGAGAGGCGACACAGUGGUCUAGUGGUUAGCACUGUCUCCUCACAGCAAGAGGGCUCCUAGUUCGAUUCCAGGAGGGAGCCCUUCUGUUUGCAUGUUCUCCCCAUCAGUGUGGGUUUUCUCCGGGUACUCCGGCUUCCUCCCACAGUCCAAAGACAUGCAGAUUAAUUGGUAGGUGUGAAUGUGAGUGUGAAUAGUUGUCUAUGUCUGUGCCCUGCAAUAGUCUAGUGACCUGUCCAGGGUGUACCCCGCCUCUCACCCAAUGUCAGCUGGGAUAGGUCCCAGUCCCCCAAGAGGAUAAGUGGUUAUGAAAAUGGAUGGAUCCAUGGAGAUUUUAUACUUGCAAAACUUUCCUCAAGGCAAGAAAAGCGAUUUUAAAAUCUGUGGCAUCAUCACAAUGUAAAGUCUACGAGCAGAGUGGGAACUUAAAGCUGGUCCAGUGGGUCAAACACUACUACACAUAUUCAGUAGGCCGCAUACCACAGAAGUAAAUACGGAAGCUACAAACUUUGUUGGCAUAUGAACCAAGCGAUCAAUUCUCAUUGGACUGAAAAGGCACCAUCCUGGGGUCCAGUGUCCAGAUCUGAUAAUAUAUAUGAAGACGAUCUGCUCCUGAUGUAGAUAUGAAAGGCUUAUUCUAAACUAAUAAAAACAUAAUAACAUAAUCAUGAAUGUCAUAUUGUAUUUCUGCCAAUGAAUCCCCCAAAAUCUCUCACACUGCUCCUUUCAAGACAUUUCAUUGUCUGUUAUCUUCAUGGUCUAUCUAUGGGUAGAUCUGUUAGUAGUUCAAGUGAAAACACCUUAGUCUGACCUCAGUGUCUCACGUUUCUUGAGUUUUCUGGGAGUUUCCUGUUGCCACCCUCUUUGCCCUCAGAUCAGAUAGAUGCCAAUCUGCCUGCAUUCUUCUGAGAACCAGCACCAGUUUCACCUUUGUCAGUGAGAAUCUGAACACAUGAUAAAGACACUGCACUGGUAAGUGUUCAAGAAACAUUACCACCCACUGUGACAAUGACAAAAGUCAUUCUGAGUCAUGUCUGUCACCUCAUGUGCCUUCUCCACUCAGUUUAAAUAGGGUUUUCCAUCCUUGCCACCACAAAACAUACAGCACACAGCACAGCCAUCCUUAUUAUUACAUGGACUCUGAAGACCUCAUGUGGCUCCCAGCAUAGUGCAGCCCAUGUUUUAGUUGAGACUUGAGCAGAGGGCUGUGUGGCUGGAGUGUGUCUGAAGGAUUUUCAUUUAGCACAUAUGUGUUUUUCAAACCCACAGGACUGAAACACUCACAGUACACACAGACAUUAAAGGAAUACUUCACCCACAAAAGGAUCAUUUGUAUAUCAAUUACUCACCCUGUGUUACCUUGAAUUUGUGAAGAAAAGUUUGUUUUUCUCACAUGCCUCAAUGGCGAACAAAGAAUUCAAUAGCAGCAAACAUUCUUGGUGAAUUGAAAUAAAUGGGGUCCAGGUUUGACAUCAGCAAAACAACGUCAAAGCAUCCAUUUACAAACUGUCACACAGCUCGUGCAAUAUAAUCCGAGUCUCAUUUAUCCAGUUGUAUGGUGAGAACUUCUCAAACACAUGUAUUUUCAGUAAAACUUUUGUUAAAUUUUUUGCUAAGAUGAGGAGCACCUGCAUUUGAACUGUAUUUAAUGAAAUGCACGAGCAGAGCUUAAUAAAGUAAAAGGUCCAGUGCAAUGAGGAAUAAAACAAAGACACCUUUCCUACAGUAGAUAUUUUGACUUGUCAUAGCAGAAACAACACAAGUGUGACUAACAAUUUCAACAAUGUUAACAAUGCACGUGAGUCCCCAGGUGUGCCAUCUCAGUGAACCAGCAUGUUCAGUUAGAGGACUCUGGAACUGGCUCGCCUACUGUAAGAGGAAUUGUGUCAACGCCAUUAAUUCCACCUGUGCUUUUCCCACUUUCAAAUUUCCGUAUACCUGCUAUGAAAAAUGCUUGUUACUGCAUAACGACGUGACCCUACAUCAGAGGACUAACGGCUAAGGUUAGGACUCCACAGGCUGAUUUCCAAGGAAGGGGCACCCUGCUGUACACAUUUCAACAUGUUUUUUCCCCACAAUUUUUCACAGGAAAUAGUUUGACUUGUCACAGUAGAAAAAGCACAGGUGUAAUUAGCAACACUAACGACAGCUCUGUCUAUUCUAGUGCAAGUGAGCCAGGAUGCACAAUACCAUGACCCUGACAUGGAAUCAGCUAAAUAGAAUUCAGCUUUCAUAAUGUUAUUGGUUACACUCCAGCAGAUCUAAAAAGGAGCAGUGCUCUGAGUAUCAAGGACAAACAUUGACCACCACCGCUUUAAAUGGGCAAUGGGAUUUUAAACACAGCAUGACUGAAUAAGUCAGUGAUUCAAAAGAUGGAGUGACAGAUAUGAUCCCAACAGACUGCACCUCACCACGAGUGAAAUUACCGGCGGUGACAGAUGAGCCUAUGUUUCAAAGUUAUGAAUCUCAGAUGCAACGUUCAAUAUAGAAAGUUAUUUACCUUUUGUGCAUUGAACGUCCAUCAAUAUGACAUUUAUUUUCCUCCCUCAGCUUGUAGGGUAUAUUUGCGUUAUCUCAUCAGGGUUCAGGUAGGAGUCUCGUUCUGAGAGACGAGUAAUAACAGAAAACUUUCUGGUGUAGGUGGGGAGAGAAAAGUUGAGAUGAGAUCCAAGUCUGUGAUGCAAAUCUUAAUGUAAGUGAGCAAACAGAGACAUAAUGAUAUCAGGGUUAAGGGUGUUUUUUAAAUAUAUAUCAUAACGUUAGGUUUCCCUUUUUCUUUGAGCAUAACAGAAUAUUUCAGGCGCAAAAACUUUUUCUCCCACUAGCUGCUUUUGAUGAAUAUACUUCUAAAUAAAAAUGUAACUCACUCUGACUUGAAAUAAGGAAUAUUUACUGCAGCAGUGGUCGUCCCAGCGCUGGCUUCAGCUGGAAAUCAUAGCUUUUAAUUGCAGAUGUCAUCUGUUUCUGGUGAGAUAUGACCCAUAAAAGCAAUUUGUUAAGCGUGGCUAAUAUCAACCAGUGUCAUGUUUAUAAUGAAAAAGGACAAUUUAUACUCCCUCUUAUUAACCUCACUGGCUUGUCUGUGUAACUCAAAAGCACGACUCGGCAACAGAGGACAAGAGGACAGUGGGUAAGAAAUAGAGGUGACUUGCAUUCACACACCUGAGGCCUUGUCUCAUCUGCCUCGCCUUGAUGCACCCUGAUGAACUCCUUGUAUUUAUUGCUCAGUACCACUGAAAGACACAACCUUGCAACAUGAUGAAUUUAAGAAAAUGUCACUGAUGUCUGUGUAAAAUUAGAAAGCUUCAGUACAUCAGCUGCAGUGUACUUGAGGUACUGUUGUGGCCCCCUCAGGGGUUCCAUGUUGUGAAUGGUUUAAAAAUGAACUCUAGUCAAGCAUCCAUCUGCCGAGCUCAAAUUCAUUACCAGAUGCACUCACUUUCACAUCAUCUGCCCAGUGGCUAUCGCCAUGACUACAGAGCCAUGCUGAGUGAUGCACGCGGCAGCAGAUGGGCAGUGGAAGUUAACGUAUAUAACCCAACCCUCCCUCCUCCUCUUCGUCCCUCUGGACACACAAGUCCUCUCUCUCACAAGUCCUCUCUCUCUUUGUCGUGACCCCCACUGUCCACAUUACGACGGCGAGGGAACCUUGAGGCAUAAAGUCAUGGCUUCAUUAGCUGUGAAGCUCACUCCCAUUAAAGGCACUCUUACGCAUGUUUCAAGGGCUUCUGCUGGCUUUGAAACAUUAAGACACAUUUGAAACGAGACAGGGGAGCAUUUUACAGUGCCCUCUCCAGGUUUAGACAAUGCUCAGUAAGAUUGUGUAUUGAUUUUGCAGCCUACACUAAAACAA